ACAAAAUUGCAGGAAAACUCCCCAAAACGACAAGAGCAAAGAAUACUUAAUCACCAACUAAGUACGAACGUAAGGUUAUCAAAGGCUCUGCUCUCGAUCAUCGCUCUCGUUCGCGAGAGAGAUUCCAAAAUGACGGAACCCUGGCAAGUUUGUACAAAAUGGCUAAUCGAUUGCAAAGUGAUCCCAAAAGGACAUCGGGUAACCUGGACAAAUGCAGUAGCUUUCGAUUUAGCUCAAACUUUGAGAGAUGGUGUCGUGUUGUGUCAAUUACUUAAUAUGAUCAAAACUGGAACUGUGGACCUAAGAAACAUCUCUCUUCGCCCUCAAAUGUUACAGUUUUCAUGUUUAAAAAACAUACGUGUAUUCCUGGAAGCCUGUGCAAAAACAUUCAACUUGAAAGAAAGCCAACUAUUUCCUGCUCAAGCUCUCUAUGAUGUUUCCGAUUUUGGAGCAGUCAUCAAAACAUUAUCAUUUUUAUCAAGGACCAGAGAAGCUGCAGCAAUCGCAUCACCUUUUACCAUUGAAGGACCAGAUAGUGAUGAUGAUCAGAUAUAUAAGAACCUCGAAGAACUUGCUGAUGAGCAUGAUAUUGCCGAUGAGGGAGAAAUUUAUGAAACAAUGGAUGGUGAUGAUGAGAAUGAAGACGUCUAUGCUGACUUAAUGAAUAUAAGAAGAAAAUUGGAAAAAAGUGACGAUCCGCCAAAAAAGCUAGACAAAAGGAAAUACUGUGUAGACGAGAUUGUUGAUACAGAAGAACGAUAUGUUGAGGCCCUAGACAACCUAGUUACUAAAUUCAUCAGACCACUAAGUACAAUUUUAAGUAGUGAAGACAGGAAAAAGAUAUUUUUGAAUAUAGAGGAACUUUAUAGCAGACACUUUAAGUUUUCUAGGGAAUUGUAUAGAUCACGAGAUAACGGAACGCAUAACAUGAGCAAUGUUUUUAUCAAGCACAAAGACAAGUUUCUCAUUUAUGGCUUCUACUGCUCAUUCCUGACCAAUGCACAGCGACACAUUGAUGAAGUUUGUAAAAGCAGUGCCAUCUCCAGGAAAAUAGAGGAGUGCCAGAUGAAGUAUAAUGAAAAUAAGUUUUCACUACGGGAUCUACUUAAUGUUCCUAUGCAAAGAAUACUUAAAUACCACCUUCUACUUCGGGAAUUAAUAAAACACACAGAUAGGAACCACCCAGACAAAGCAGGCUUAGACAAAGCUUUGGAGGAGAUGCAGGAUCUGUCUCUAUAUGUAAAUGAGGUGAAGCGAGACCACGAAAUCAUGCAGACUAAUGCAGAAAUGGAAAAAAGUUUGGUCAAUUAUCAUGGAGCAUCAUUAAACGAUUUUGGAAGGAUACAAAAAGACGGUGAUCUGAGGAUCAAGAUGUUACGAGGUGGUAGAGGGGCUGUUAGUAGCAGUUGCUUUCUAUUUGACCGAGUUCUGUUAAUUUGUGAAAAAAGGGGAAAGGGGCAAGAAAGCCAUGAAUUCAAACAUUCAAUAGACCUUAGUUGCUAUAUGAUUGAAGACAAUUUGCCAAAAGGAAAAGGAAAGUGGAAUUGGUGUUUCUGGUUGACACCUAUCAGCAGUAGCCCGGAUUUGUCUGCGGUGGAAAUCUACACAAAAACUGGAGACAUGAUGACAAAAUGGGUUGACAGCAUUAGAUUAGCCAAAGAUAACAUUAACCCGAAGCACGAGACAAAUCACGCUUUUGAAUACACUAGCUUUACAGACCCUACUUACUGUGAUGGUUGCAAGAAACUUUUAAGGGGUAUAUUCUUCCAAGGCUACAAGUGCAGCAGAUGUAAGAAGUCAGCUCACAAGGAAUGUCUCUCAAAGAAAAUCAUCAUGACAUGUAGACCUGGAAUGAAAAUACCGGUACUAGAUGUUGUAAAGGCCAAAUAUGCUUACUCCGGCCUGCCUCCGCCACCGGAUUCAAAAGCACCAUUAUACUUUGAGAAGUUAGACGUUCUUGAGAUCUACGAGAAGUUGGAUGAUUAUUGGUGGAGAGGCUGUAAUACGACAACCUUGAAAGUUGGUUACAUCCCCACUAAGCAUUUGGAGAGGCCAUCAUACGUACCUACAGUGAUCCAAUCAAACUCCUCCAGUAGCAGUAGGCCAGCAUCUGUUUCACAUGGUCCACAACCAGGGUAUGUUGGGACAAUGGAACGAAUAAGUGCCAAUGAACAGCUCAAAGAAAAUGAAGAUGGUUGCUUCUUAGUUCGUGAGAGAGGUGAAGGGGGAUACGCUAUUAGCAUCAAAUACGACAAAGCAGUCAAGCAUAUGAAGGUACUAUUAACACCAGACAAGAUGUUCUAUCUAGUCGACGCACAUCCAUUUCCAACUCUACCGCAAUUGAUUGAAUAUUACCAGAGACACACCCUUGCACAUGUAUUCCAAGGCUUAGACAGCACUUUAAAGUUGCCAGUCAGAGAUGCUAAUCAGAUAGGUGCUGCACCGCAAAGAGGGCCGCUAUCGUCUCUGAGGCUAUCAAUUGGUAGUCCGUCCAAUAACGAUACCACGCCUAUGGACAAUGGUAUACCUGUCGCAUCUGGGUACAAGGUGGAAGGCUAUGCCACAGCUUUGUAUGACUUUGCAGCUCGUGGUAUGAGGGAGCUGUCACUUAAAGCUGGCCAGACUGUAGCAAUCAUUAGCAAAGCUGGAGGUCAUAGGGGAUGGUGGAAGGGAAGAGUUGGGGACAAGGAAGGUUAUUUUCCAUCAACAUAUGUCCAAGAAGAUGAUUGAUGACCUACUACUAUCAAAGCUCUUUAUAAAUUGAUUUUUCUGAGACCAACAUGCAACCUGAUAUUCUUCAGGGCAGCAUUACCUUAUAGCACAAGAUCAAAUGUAGAAAUCAGUCACUGAAUCUUCCAGCCAGAAGCCAAGAGAUCAACAAAUAUAACACAAGAGGGUGCAUUGAUAUCAUUGUCUUAGUAUAGAUGGAGGUCGAUGUUGGAAAUCAAAAUUACUGAUCAGCAUAUUCUCUGUGGUUGUGGAUGUUGUUAUUUCCGUUGUUAAAUCAUGGAUUAUUACUUGGUAUAAUACCUUUGUAUUGCGGAUCAUAAAUAUGUAAUGCAUAGUGGGACCAGGACAAAGGCGUUUCUGAAUGACAUUGAUGUCUUAAUUAGUAAUUGUUUUCUAAUAUUAUUAAACUAUAAUUUUUUUAGAAACAGGUAUUUGCUAUAAUUAUAUUCUCAGUGACAUUUAAAGUUAAUUUAAAUUUUAAAUAGGUUUGUAAGCUAAAAUAGAAAUGCAGCUUAGUAAAUAAUUCUUGAACCAUCCUUUAAAAAAC